GAUAGUGGUAGAGGGCACAGCUGGAAGAACGAUGGUGUUAUUCCUGAUCAAGUUCUUGAUCGGUCUCUUGAUUUGUUGCGCCGUCGGAUGGGUCGUGUUCGUAUUUGCUGCCAGGUUGUUGGGAUGGAUUUUGAACCGGAUGGUUGGUAUUUCCAUUGGUUUCCAAGUCACUGGAUGCAAUCGUAUAAAUGAAGUCUUUGUUACUUUCAAAAAGGGUGCCAUUGAAUCCAUAUUGAUUGGUGAGAUCAAACUUAGUCUACGUGAAUCACUUGACAAGGGAUUCAACAUUUUCUCAGGGGACCAGAAAGUGCAACUAUUUAUAUCUGAUCUGGAAGUUUAUUUAAGGACUUCUUCACAAAGCAUUAAGAAGAAUAAAGUCAAUAAACCUCGAAGUUCACGAAAACUAGGAAGAGGAACAUGGGUAUUAUUAUCUCACAUUGCAAGACUUCUGUCACUGUCUGUAACUGAAGUAAAUGUCAAGGGGCCGAAAUUUACAGCUCAAGUCAAGGGACUGCGAGUGGAUGCAUCAGUUCAUGGAAAUUCUAAUCCUACUUUUAUUCUUAAUCUGCAACUUGCAAAUUUUCUUUUUGAUAUGUUCCAUUCAGAGCAUAAUUUUGACCAGUCAUCCAGUUUCACGGUAGAAAGGCCAGCAUAUUCAGCUUCAGUGGAAAAAAAAAUUCCUUUGCUGUGUGAGGAUAUAUCAGUAAUCUGUGAGCUUGAAAGGGAACAUGGAGUCCAAUUUGGGAAUUUGGAUGUGACAUUUGGAGCAAUCACUGUGAACUUGAGGGAGAACCUAUUUGUCAAAACCAAGGAGUCAAACAGUUCCAUGGGUGUUGAUGAGAGCAAAGAAGGUGCUUUGGACUUUACCAAGAAAUCUGAAAAAAAAUCAUCGUCGUUGAAGAAGCAUAUUGUUGCAUUUCCUGAAAAGGUGAACUUCAACGUCCGUGAACUAGACAUCACAUUUGUGCACCAAGCUCAAGACAUUUCUGCAAACAGUACUGUGACAGGCAUCCUGCUGACAAGUACUAAAUCUGUGGUAUAUGAUGAUUCUGGAGAGGCCACAUCAAACUUUGUUCUCAACAUGGAUUUUAGUAAAAUUUAUCUCCUUAGAGAAAGCAAUGCUUCUGUGAUGGAGCUUUUGGAAUUCACAGUUAUAGCUACAGUUGAUGUUCCAAUGCAACCUCUACCUAUUAAUGCUGAGGUUAAUGUCAAGCUUGGAAGAAUCAGUUGCAACUUUAUCUUUAGCAGAUUUAGGCCAUGGCUUUCUCUUAAAUUAGGUAAAAAGAAGCAGAUGGUUCUUCGUGAAGAAAGUUCUUAUCAUGAAAAAAGAUCAACAGAUGGCACGGACACUAUUAUGUGGAGAAGCACAGUCUCUGCUCCAGAUAUGAAUAUUAUGGUUUAUGAUCUCAAUGAUUGCCCCUUGUAUCACGGAUGCUUGCAAUCCUCUCAUCUUUCUGCAAGUAACACUGUAAGUAAGAGACUUGAACUACAUGCAGAACUUGGUGAAUUUCAUUUCGACACCGCCGAUGCAUAUCAGAAAUCUUUGGAUAAAAAUUUAGCAGCUAUAGAAACUAUCUCAGGCUCAUUGGUGCAUAUUGAGCAAAUGAAUCUUGAUUUGGGUCACAGAGAAACAGAAUCACAUGAUGAGCAUGAUCUUAAGAGGUUGAAGUUGGUUCUUGCUGUUGAUAUGACUGGUAUGGGAAUAUUCUUUGGAUUUAAGCAUGUUGAAUCACUUAUGAAGACCAUAAUGUCCUUCAAGGAAGUGCUAAAAGGUUUGUCUUCUUCCAGCAAAAAAAUGGCUAAAGAUAAGGUUGCUCAUUCUUCUAAGAAAGAGACUGCAAAAGGGAUAAACAUUGUGAAACUUAGUCUUGAAAAGUGUUCCAUUAAAUAUUUUGGUGAUACCAGUCUAGAAGAUAUGACCGUUGCAGACCCCAAACGUGUUAAUUUUGGUUCUCAGGGUGGUGAAGUUAUAAUAAGUGUUUCCGCUGAUGGGAAACCUCGUAAAGCAAGCAUAACAUCCAUAAGGCUCAAUGAUUGCCAGCAUUUGAAAUUCUCAAUGUCUCUUGAGAUCUCACAUCUCAGAUUUGUCUUCAACAAGGAAAAGCAUUCCAUGCAGAUUGAAGUCAAUAGAACUAGGUCAUUCUACUAUGAAUAUCCAGAAGAACAGAAUCCUGGUACAGAAAUGACACUGCUCGAUAUGCAGAAAGCAAAGUUUGUGCGACGUUCAGGUGGCCUUAACGACACUGCUUUGUGUUCUCUUUUAAAUGUGACUGAUUUAUCAGUCAGGUGGGAGCCUGAUGUUCAUUUAGCACUACUUGAAUUUGUUACAAGUUUGAAAUCUCUGCUUCAUAACCAGAAGCUCCAUGGUUCUGAUAGCCAGAUGAAGGAAGAAUCCCUUGAUACAGUGUCAGUACCACAAAGGGAAAUAACUUCUGAUCAAGCCUCAACUGAAAAACAACAUAAAAAACGAGAAUCAGUUUUUGCCGUUGAUGUCGAAAUGUUGAAAAUAUCAGCUGGGCUAGCAGAUGGUGUGGAAACAAUAAUUCAUGUGCAGUCCAUCUUCUCUGAGAAUGCAAAAAUAGGUGUUUUAUUUGAGGAAGUUAUGGUUUCUUUUAAUGAAGCCAGAAUACUUAAAAGUAGUCGUUUGCAGAUCUCCCGUGUCCCAGUAUCUGUCAUGCAUAAUAUGCAAGAUUCAAAAUCACAGAUGGUCACCACAUGGGAUUGGGUAAUUCAAAGUCCUGAUAUCUACAUCUGCAUGCCUUACAGGUUGCAGUUACGUGCCAUUGAUGAUGCAGUUGAAGAUACAUUGCGAUGUAUAAAACUCAUUAAUGCUGCUAAGACAGACCUCAUAUUUCCUGGAAAGAAGCAUAGCACCAGAAAAGCUAAGACUAAAUCCACAACUUUAAGAUCAGUGAGAUUACUGAUCCGCAAAAUAACUGUGGAAAUCGAGGAAGAACCCAUCCAGGGCUGGCUUGAUGAACAUUACCAGUUAAUGAAGAAGGAAGUUUGUGAAGCAGCUGUUAGGUUGAAGUUUCUUGAUGAUCUUCUUUCCAGUAUGACUUCAAGUAGUCAGGAACCGAAUGCACUGGGUUCUGAAAAGAAGAUUCUUUACAAAGAAAUUGAAAUUGAUGCAUCUGAUGUUUCAUCUGUUGAAUGUUUGCGAACGGAGAUUCAUAAGAAGGUCUUCCAAUCAUAUUACGAGGCAUGCCAAAAAAUAGUCAUCUCAGAAAGAUUAGGUGAAACCACCAGAGGCUUUCAAUCUGGGUUUAAACCAAGUAUUAAUAGAGCUUCUCUCAUGUCACUAUGUGCUAGAGAACUUGACGUGACUCUGACAGAGAUCGAUAAGGGCAAUGUUGGAAUUGUUGAGUUUAUAAAAAGGACUGAUCCUGUAUGCUCAGACAAAGAUAUACCUUUCUCCCGGUUGUAUGGAAGAGAUUUUGUUUUAAGUGCAGGAUCCUUGUUAGUGCAAAUAAGAGAUUAUACAUACCCAAUCUUUUGUGGAAGUUCUGGUAAAUGUCAAGGACGUGUUGUAAUAGCUCAACAGGCGACUAGUUUUCAGCCACAAAUACUACAAGAUGUUUUUGUAGGGAGAUGGUGGAAGGUACGUAUGAUGCGUUCAGCUAGUGGUACAACUCCUGCAAAUAAAGUGUACCUUGAUCUGCCAAUAAGUUUUGAAAAAGGGGAAGUAUCUUUUGGAGUGGGACAUGAACCUGUUUUAGCUGAUAUCAGCUAUGCGUUCACGGUUGCUCUCCGUAGAGCUAAUCUAGGAACUAGGAGUUGCCCUGAUCAAUACGAAGUAACUUCACAAGUUCCAGCUGUUGAUCCAUCAGUACAAGAGCUGCCUAAGAAAGAACGCAGCUUACCAUGGUGGGAUGACAUGAGGUACUAUAUUCAUGGGAAAAUUACUUUAUCAUUUACUGAGACUAGAUGGUUUAUCCUUGGUACAAGUGACCCUUAUGAGAAACUAGAUAAAUUGGAAGUAGUUUCUGCAAACAUGGAAAUACAGCAGAGAGAUGGAUACAUAGGCCUUUCUGCAAGGGAAUUUAAGGUUUACUUGAGCAGUCUACAAUGUCUGACGGACAGUUUCAGCUUAAAGCCUCCAUCACAUGUCUGUGGUCCUUUUCUGUUCUCUUCUACUUUUCUUUUAGAAGUAUCCAUGGAGUGGGGAUGUGACUCUGGUAAUCCACUUGAUCAUUAUCUCCAUUCACUUCCUGUUGAAGGAAAACCACGGACGAAAGUCUAUGAUCCCUUUCGCUCAACCUCCCUUUCACUGAAGUGGAACUUCUUGCUGAAUGGCUCUCAAAUUACUGAUAACAAACUUACUUCCUCUAAUGAUGUGGAGAAGAAAUCAGAUGGAUCAACAAGUGAAUCUUCUCAAAAGUUGGCAGUUAAGUCCAUUGAUUCCCCAACUGUGAGCUUUAGUGCAAAUGACCUUGUUUGGUUAUCCAAGUUCUGUACUCUUAAUUACCUUCCUCCUAACAAAAUAAGAAUUUUCUCACGGUGUCCACGUUUUGGUGUUCCAAGAGUUGCCAGGUCUGGUAAUUUGUCACUGGACAGGGUUAUGACUGAAUUUUUUCUCCGCCUUGAUACUACACCUUUUUGCAUCCGUCAUACACCUUUAAGAGAUGAUGAUCCUGCUAAUGGCUUGGCAGUUAAAACAGCAAAGUUGAAAUUUGAAAUCUGUUUUAGUCGUGGUAAGCAGCAAUUUACUUUUGAUUGCAAGCGUGAACCUCUUGAUCUUGUUUAUCAGGGUGUUGAUAUUCACAUGCUAAUGGUGUGUCUAGACCAAAUAAAUGAAGUUUCUAUUGCCCAAGAUAUUAAAACAGCACAGAGGAGUUCAAGAAGUGAACCGUUGGAUAAGCUAGGUAAUGAGAACUGUGACUAUGGUUGCAAAGACAAGAAAAAAGAUGAUGCUUUUCUUUUACACUCUGACUAUUUCACUGUACGAAGACAAACUUCAAAGGCUGAUCCAACAAGGCUAUUAGCAUGGCAAGCAUAUGACAGAAAAGAUCUUGAAGUGACCUCUGUGAUAGCUGAAGUUGAAAAAGGAAGUGAAAGUGAUCAUACACAAUCCGAUCUUAUUGAUGAUGAUGGAUUUAAUGUAGUAGUUGCUGACAAUUGUCAGCGUGUAUUUGUUUAUGGCCUUAAGAUCUUGUGGACACUGGAAAACAGAAUUGCUAUUACGUCCUUGGCAGGUGGAAUAUCAAAGGCAUUUGCACGUCCAAAACCUUCUCCUUCUAAACAGUACGCCCAAAGAAAAUUACUUGAGAGACAACAAAUAACAGAUGAGACUGAUGUGCCUUCUGAAGAAGCCGUCGAUUCUGUGCCUUGUAUUUCUCCUAGUGAAAGUUCUACUUCAGUGCAGCAUGAAAAGAAUCAGGGACAAGAUUCAUCUCUUUCUACGUCGUCUUCUGCUGUGACUGUGAAGCAAGAAAAUGAUUGUGACACUGAUGAGGAGGGUACAUGCCACUUCAUGGUCAAUGUUAUCCAGCCUCAGUUCAAUCUGCACUCGGAAGAAGCCAAAGGUAGGUUUCUGCUUGCUGCUGCCAGUGGCCGUGUCUUAGCUCGUUCAUUUCGCGCAGUUUUACAUGUUGGCCAUGACAUAAUAGAGCACGCCCUUAGCACCAGCAAUGUGGUGAUUCCUGAUAAUGUGCCCGAAAUGACGUGGAAAAGAAUGGAGCUAUCUAUGAUGCUUGAGAAUGUUCAAGCCCAUGUUGCGCCUACAGAUAUUGAUCCAGGUGCUGGAAUUCAGUGGUUGCCUAAAAUUAUUAAGGGCUCACCUAAUGUAAAACGCACUGGUCCUUUACUGGAGAGAGUGUUUAUGCCCUGUCAAAUGUACUUCCAGUACACACAGUACAAAGGUGGAACUUCUGAACUCAAGGUCAAACCAUUAAAAGAGCUAACUUUCAACUCUCCUAACAUUACUGCAGAAAUGACAUCAUGCCAGUUCCGGGUUAUGCUGGAUGUGCUAACCAAUCUUCUUUUCGCCAGGCUUCCUAAGCCUCCUAAAAGUAGUCACUCAUGUCCCUCUGAUGACAAUGAAGACAGUGAAGAUGAAGCUGAUGAAUUAGUUCCUGAGGGUGUGGAAGAGGUAGAUCUUGCAAGGAUCAAUCUUGAACAAAAGAGGAGGGAACGUAAAUUGCUCCUCGGUGAUAUUAAGACCCUAACAACUGCUACUGAUAUAUCUGAUGGCACAGAUCUAUCUCUAGAAAAUGGUGAUUUGUGGAUGGUUGUAGGUGGAAAAUCAACACUGGUGCAAGGACUGGAGAAAGAGCAGGGUAACAUACGUAAGGCUAUUAAGGAAGCUUCUUCUACACUGAGGUCAGUUUUGCAGGAAGCUGCCCAACUAAGAUUAAUGGAGAAAGAGAAGACCAAAAGCCCUUCAUGUGCUUUAAGGGUUUCCGUUAAAAUCAAUAAGGUGGCAUGGAGUAUGCUUGCAGAUGAUAAACCUUUUGCUGAAGCUGAAAUUAACGAAAUGAUAUAUGAUUUUGAUCGUGAUUACAAGGACAUUGGUAUUGCUCAAUUCACUACAAGGUCAUUUGUGGUUAGGAACUGUGUCCCUAACGCCAAAUCUGAUAUGCUUCUAUCCGCUUGGAAUGCACCUCCAGAAUGGGGCAAACGAGUUAUGCUUCGUGUCAACGCAAAACAAGGAGCUCCAAAGGAUGGCAAAUCUCCUAUUGAACUUUUUCAGGUAGAUAUCUAUCCAUUGAGGAUACAUUUGACUGAAACAAUGUAUAAUAUGAUGUGGGAGUAUAUUUUUCCCGAAGAAGAACAAGAUUCAUCAAAACGACAGGAAGUUUGGAAAGUUUCAACAACUGCUGGCUUGAAACGAGGAAAGAAAAGCCUAUAUGGGUCUGAGACAGUUGCAUCAAACAGUCCGUUGUCAAAGGAACCUGAGGCUUCUGGAAAAUCAGCAGCUUCAAAAUUGUCUUCUUUUACUUCUGGCACCGAGUCUCAGGUUGAUUCAACUCAAGUGAAAAAGAAGCAAAAUCUACAAGGAAAUACUGCAUCAGGUUCGAAUCCAGAGCUUAGACGAACAUCUUCCCUUGGCAGAACAUGGGAAGAAACUGUUGCAGACUCCGUUGCUAAUGAACUAGUUCUGCAAGCACAUACUUCGAGCGUUUCUUCUUCACAAAGUGGACUCUUCAAUGCUGCAACAGAAAAUAAAAAUGCAAAUACCGAGGAGCCUAAAAAUAAACCGAGAGAUCCCAAGCCACUUAAAUCUGGUCAGUUGCUGACUUAUGAAGAGAAAAAGUCUGGGAAAUCCCAGGAUGAGAGGAGAGCCAGACCUAAAAAGCUUCAGGAAUUCAACAACAUCAGAAUUAGCCAGGUUGAAUUACUUGUUACAUAUGAAGGCUCAAGGAUUGCCGUCAGUGAUUUUAGAUUGUUGAUGGAUACCUUCCAUCGUGAUGAAUUUACUGGCACCUGGAGGAGACUUUUUGCACGAGUCAAAAAACAUAUCGUGUGGGGAGUUUUGAAGUCAGUAGCUGGCAUGCAGGGUAAAAAAUUCAAAGACAAGACUCAGAAUCAAAAGGAGGCCCAAGCAAAUGUCCUUCCUGAAAAUGAUCUUAUUAGCAUAAGUGAUAGUGAUGGAGAGCAACGUGGAAAGUCUGAUCAGUUUCCUGCACCAUUCCCCAAGAGAGCAAAUGAUGGUGCUGGUGAUGGAUUUGUUACCUCCAUAAGGGGAUUGUUCAACUCUCAGCGCCGGAAGGCCAAAGCAUAUGUCCUGAGAACUAUGAGAGGAGAUGCAGAUCAUGAUCAUGGUGAUUGGAGUGACGGUGAUGUUGAGUUCAGUCCCUUUGCUAGGCAACUGACUCUCGCAAAAACUAAGAAGCUUAUACGGCGGCAUUCCAAGAAGUUCAGCUCAAGAACUUCAAGUUCAGUGCAACAUCAGAAAGAUCCAUCAUCUCCAAAGGAGACCAUGCCAUACGAAAGUGAUUCGUCCGGUGCAUCAUCAUAUGGUGAUGGGGACAUCAACGAAUAAUAAAUACCAAACAAGAAUCCGGAUUCAUUUGGAUACCUGAGAGCAGUUUUCUCCAUAGAUAUUCCCGGUAGUCGCAUGGCUUAACCCAAUAAUCAUUCAGCAAAUAAUUGGAUUCCUUUCAUGAUGAAGUCACAGGACGACAUUUGGAGAGAAGCUUUUUUUGCAACCAAUGUCAUAACGGAUAAUGUCAAGGAUUCUGUACCUGAGAGAUGAAUGUCUUUGAUGUCAUCUCAAUUUUGCUACUUAUAUUUUUUUUUUAAAUGCAAAAUCUUCUCGAGGAGAAUAAUUUCAUUCGUACGAAAAAGUGAUCCCCAAAAGUUGAUAUUUGCUGGAAUAUAUUUACAUCUUUUUUU